CGCACCGACUCCCUAAAACUCACUGUACUUUCCGUUGCCUGCCGUGGCGAGAGGGCCGGUGUUACGGAAACGAACGUGGUCUUAUUGUUUUUAAUUUUAAAGGAACAAUUCUGAUUUAAAAACAAAACAAAAAAAAAAACUAACUGAUAAUCAACUUUGCAUUUAACUUAACAUUGUGGGAGCGUGGAACGUAAUCCGAUCUGGAGGGCAAAUCAUACGAAAGUGCGGUAAUAUUUACCAUUUAAUAUAUUUUUCUCUCUUUAUUGAAACCUUGUUUUGAUUAUUUGCACGGGGGGGUCGGAAGGCUAAGAUCAGACGUUUAUACGAUGGCGGGAUGCUGCUGCCUGUCAGCGGAGCAGAGGGAAUGUCGGAGAAUAAACCAGGAGAUCGAGAGACAGCUGAACCGGGACAAGAAGGAUUCGCGUCGAGAGCUCAAGCUGCUUCUCUUGGGAACUGGAGAGAGUGGGAAGAGCACCUUCAUCAAGCAGAUGAAGAUCAUCCACGGCUCAGGCUACUCGGAGGAGGACAAGAUGGGCUUUGCCAAGCUGGUUUACCAGAACAUUUUCACCUCCAUGCAGGCCAUGAUCCGCGCCAUGGACACCCUUAACAUCAAGUAUGCAAAUGACCAGAAUGUUCGAUUCUCCAGCCUCGUCAGUGAGGUGGAGGUGGACAGGGUGACCGUCAUGGAGCCGAACUACGUGGAGGCCAUCCGCAGCCUGUGGACCGACGGCGGGCUGCAGGAGUGCUACGACCGCAGGCGGGAGUACCAGCUGUCCGACUCCACCAAAUAUUACCUGACGGACCUGGAUCGCGUCUCAGAGCCUUCCUAUGUUCCUAACGAGCAAGAUGUUUUGAGAGUCCGAGUCGCCACCACAGGGAUCAUUGAAUACCGCUUUGACCUGGAGACUGUCAUCUUCAGGAUGGUGGAUGUGGGAGGUCAGAGGUCAGAAAGAAGGAAGUGGAUCCAUUGUUUUGAGAACGUCACCUCUAUCAUCUUUCUGGUUGCACUGAGUGAAUAUGACCAGGUCUUAGCUGAGUGCGAUAAUGAGAGCCGCAUGGAGGAGAGCAAGGCCCUUUUCAAGACCAUCAUAACCUACCCAUGGUUCCAGCAGUCGUCUGUCAUUCUCUUCCUCAACAAGACAGACAUCUUGGAAGAGAAGAUCGCCUACUCACAUCUAGUGACUUAUUACCCAGAAUUCACUGGCCCCAAGAGUGACGCAAAGGCAGUGAGAGAGUUCAUUCUGAAGAUGUACCAGGAGCAGAGCGAGAAAAGCCUCUAUUCUCACUUUACCUGUGCCACCGACACGGAGAACAUCCGCUUCGUCUUUGCCGCCGUCAAGGACACCAUCCUGAGAAACAACCUCAAAGACUUCAACCUGGUGUAGAACAGACUGCAGCUGAGACCUCUUUCUGCCACAAGAAAGGCCAGAGGUUCACUUCAGGGCGCAAGGGAAGAUAAUAUUAGUUUGCAGAAGAGACUUAAAACAGCUUGGUAUAGAAGAGGUGUAGAGCGAGAGGAUGAACUCAGCUUAUUGCUGAAUAGCGACAAAGACAGCACUGACAAGCUCAACUAUGAGUAUAGAGUGUGGAUUAACAGCUAUUAGUUCAGAUAUUUAAUCAGUCCCCCAAACUGGUGUAAGAGUCAGCUGAAGGUAAGUGAUGAGUUACAGUGUGUGAGAGACACUGGAGAUAUAUGGAUAUGAGGAAGAUGGAAACGGAACUAAAACAGGACACUUCACAUUACUUAUUGACGUAGUUUGCAUGACAUUUCCGUACUAUUUGUUUGAAACAUGUAAAGCAAUGCUGAACUUUAGUCUUGGUGUAAUGACCUUUUUGUGUGAUACUCUGGAGAGAGCUGUCACCAGCCUGGGCAGCUUCCUGAUGGGUGGGUGAGCUGGUUCAGGGGCUCUGCUGUGGUCCUUCCUAAGACACUGGACAGCACUGACUGCCACAUUUCAGUAGGUUCCAGGCUUUCUCCCAGGGGCAAGACAGACCCACUGCUUAGUGAACAUAAACCACUUAUUCAUUUGAAUAUCAUCCUGCAUUAUAAACAAGUUCCUGAAAUGUAAUAGCUAUAUGUAGCUAAAUGUUUACUUUUUUAGGUUGGGAAAAACACUAAAAUCUCAGGUGCCGUACUUCCUGUCUGAAUCCUGAAAUUAUAAACAUUUAAAAGGUACCAAAGAAUUGUUUAAUUUAAUAAAUGUAAAGGGAAAUUUGAAUAUGCAAAUAUACUGUAAAUGUAAAUAGUUAUUUUCUAACUAAAUUAUGAAAAGAAUUCUAUUGGAUAUUUUCAAUAAAAUACUUUUUCUAUA